AGGGUCUGAGCGGGUCUGGACUCUGGGAGCUGGACUACGUCAACAAGCAGAGAGGAGACCGUCCCAGUCCUCAGAGGGGCAGCUGAGCGGAGGCGGCGACCAACGUCUCCAGAAGUCCACAGAAGGAGAGGAAGAGGAGUACUCCUGCAGGUGGACAUGUUGGACCCGCGCGUAAAGACGCACACUCCGCGAAGUUAAAAAGGUGUCUUUUGACGCUUUUAUUGGUUAUUUUCACCGCUGUUGCGAGAGAUGUUGCCGAGAAAGAGCAUCAUCCCGGAGGAGUUCGGUUUGCCGGGGCUCGCCUCUCGGAUGCCCCGUAAGCCGGUGUUCAGAGACCGCGUGAACAAAGCGCGCUUCAUCGCCAAGAACGGCUCGUGCAACUUGGCGCACAAGAACAUCCGCGAGCAGGGCAGAUUCCUGCAGGACGUCUUCACCACGCUCGUGGACCUGAAAUGGCGCUUCACGCUGGUCAUCUUCACCACCACCUUUGUCAGCAGCUGGCUGCUCUUCGCCAUGAGCUGGUGGCUGGUGGCGUUUGCGCACGGAGACCUGCACCCACCCGGGCAAACAGGGGCCCGCUGCGUCACCGCAGUCGAGUGAGAAACAUUCACAGUAUCGAUAGAGACAGAAAUAGAGCAGAAAGUGGUUUAGAGAAGUUUGUUUGAUAAGAGUUUGUUGUUAAACUGUUUACUUCGCCUUUUUCCAUUUUUAAAUCCCGCUGAGGAAAAGUUAAAGAGGGAUGUUAUUUAUGGGUACGGGAACUUUUGCUCUCAUAUUAUCAGGGGAAAUAAAGAAAAGUGUGCAGAAGGCUAGAAGGGAGCGUUUGGUACCUCCCUCUCAUGCUUUUCUUGUUCCUUCCUUCCUACCUUCCUAUCUUCCUUCCUUCCUUUCCUUCUUCAUGUUGCUUCUCCAUGAGAAAAGUCUGUGAAAUGUUUAUGUGUCAAACAAACUAAUCAUACAAAGUAGCUGAGGUGCUGUAACUCUGUCUCAAUGCUUCUUCAUGCCUCAUGAAUGUGUUCAUAAGAUGUAAAAAAAUACUGGUGUUAAAAUGUAUAAACUGAAGUUGAGUCUCCAAACUGUCCUCACAGGUCGUUCACAUCUGCCUUCCUCUUCUCCAUCGAAGUCCAGGUGACCAUCGGCUUUGGAGGACGGAUGAUAACAGAACAGUGUCCUGCUGCCAUUACCGUCCUUAUCAUGCAGAAUAUCAUUGGACAGAUCAUCAAUGCUGUGAUGCUGGGUGAGGCGAAGACACUUUUUCACACCUUAGGCACUGAGUUAGACAUCCCCUCGAGAGAUGAAUGUUGCCGACCGCUUGCUUCUCUAGUUAUACCAACUUUAGUAACGACCGCACGAUAGCAAUACACAGCGGUCUGAGGAGCCAUAAACAAACCUCAACAAAAACUCCACUCUAUGGCCACAAAUAAUGCUCAGAACGGCACCUAACUUCAUCAACAGUACAUAUAGGGUCCUAGCCACAGCACUAACCACCAAACAGCUUUAUAACUUUGCCUAAUUUUUAUAGCAAAGAGACUAAACACAGCUCACCUACUCUCCUCCAGCAGCCGUUUGUUUGUAGCAAGGCCUCAGGCCAGUCCAUUACGGACUACAGCGGGGUGACGCAGCUCAAGGAAGAACAUUUAUGAUCAUUUCUUCAUGGAAAUACAAUCAGAUCGAGACGAUAAGACAAAAGAACUACCGCGUCUGCAGUGCAAAAUGAUUUAUAUGGUGAUUAUUACUUCAAGGAAAUGAUGAAGAAAUGAACAGAAUGAAAGAACAUCCCUUUAACUUUGUGCUAAAGCAUCUUUUGGAAAGUUACAGGAAGUAGCAAGAAUAAAGUUGAGCCAAAGCCAAUCUAAAAGCCAAAUUGCAAUAUUUUUCAUAUUUACUUACAAAUAAGUUAAUAUAUUAACUUCUAGUGAAAACAAACCCUAAUACCUACAAGUUUUCGAUGUUAACCAAGUCUAUGCAGCGAUAACUUUACCCCAAUUAGCAAGCAAGCUAAAGAAACCGCAGACUCCUAAAAGUGUCUCUUAUUUUUCCACAAUGUUACUAAUAUUUGCUUUUGGCAAAUAUGCAUCAUAAGAUCAAAUUCACUGUGUUUGUGCUGUUUGUGUUGAAUUAAAAGGUAGUUGAUUGACGAUGUUAGCUAGUCUCUGGAUUUUCCCGCCAAAAUUGCACAUAGAUAGUUCUCCUUAGGAAAGAGGAAUACUUCAGGUGACAGCCUGUUAAGACACAGAUAAACUCUGUUUUACUCAUUUUGAUGACUUUACACUGCUGAAUAACCUGUGAACUGUUCCCUCAGGUUGUAUCUUCAUGAAGACCGCUCAGUCGAACCGUCGAGCAGAGACGUUAAUCUUCAGCCGUCACGCUGUGAUCGCCGUCAGGAACAACCGUCUGUGUUUUAUGAUUCGUAUUGGAGACCUCAGGAAGAGCAUGAUAAUAGGAGCGACUGUCAGACUACAGGUGUUUAUACUUCUUUAUACCCGCUCUCUUGUCACUGUCUUGAUUUCAGUUUAACAGCGGAAAGAGGUACGAGUGUGCCGUUAAUCAAAUGUCGAGUUUAUUGGACUGCAGAGUCUUUUCUGGGGAACGUAGGAGUCUCGUAAUCCUCACAGCCUUUGUCCAAAAAUGUGGUCUGAUAGUUCAGAUGAAGCAAUGAUUGCGCUGUAAUUCUAGGUGGUGAGGAAGACGACCACUCCAGAGGGCGAAGUGAUCCCCAUCCAUCAGAUCGAUGUUCCCACGGAGAGCGCUGUGUCCAGUAACAGCCUGUUCCUGCUCGCCCCGCUCAUCAUCUGCCACGUCAUUGACAAAAACAGGUACGACUCUGACUUCACUCACACUAGUUAACGUUUUAUACGACUCUAAACUACACAGGCCACUAAAAUUAUUCUCUACAUCCUGUUAUUUGAUAUUUAACGACACUUUGAUUCUUCUCUCUCAGUCCGCUGUACGACCUGUCAGCCAUGGAGCUGCAGUGCAGCGACUUGGAGGUGAUCGUCAUUCUGGAGGGAGUCGUUGAGACUACCGGGAUCACCACUCAGGCCCGGACCUCCUACGUGUCUGAGGAGAUCCAGUGGGGUCACCGCUUCGUUCCCAUAGUAACAGAGGAGGAGGGUGUCUACUCAGUGGAUUACUCCAAGUUUGGGAACACGGUCAAGGUAGGAGAGACAGAAAAUGAUGUUUUCUGAUUGUAACUAAUUUUAACAUGUAAGUGUCGUUAGCUAGAUCUCUGUUUACAUUAUUGAUUACAUAAAAGACAGACUGUGUGAAGUUUGAUGCUAAUAUCAGUCACUGCUGAUGUAUGGUUCUGAUCUGCUCAGAGACCCUUUGACUUCUCUAUUUUUUCCAUUGUUGCUCUUCAAGGUAGCGACGCCACGUUGCAGCGCCAGAGAGCUGGACGAGAAGCCGUCCAUCUUGAUCCAGACUCUGCAGAAGAGCGAGCUGUCGCACCAGAACUCUCUGAGGAAGCGAAACUCCAUGAGACGCAACAACUCCAUGCGCAAAGGUGGAGGAAGCAGCGGGAAUCUGCGCAGAAACAACUCGGGGCUCCUGACGCCUAAAGUCCAGUUCUUCACCCCGUCUGAGGGGAACCAGAACCUGAAUGGCGUCACCUGACAUGAGGCCUGCCUCCUGCUGGCGGCUCUGCUCCUCCUGGUGGGGAGGAGGAUUGUGGGUGUUGGAGUUUCUCCUGCUCUGAUGGGACUUCUUCUGUUUCUGUUUCCUGCCUUUUCCAGACUCGUCUCCCAACACUUUUCCUGUUUAUUAUCUGGUUCUUAAAGGUGCAAUUCAGCCCAAACACCAUAUUUCUGUUGAUAAUCAUCGAAGCAAUAACAAGGAGCACUGGGCCUUCAUGUCUAGUUUGCUGUUUUUUGGGAGACACAUUUUUAUAUUUAAUUUAAUUCACAGUUAAACUACAAGAAGUCUUAACAAGUAGCUAUACGUCACAGUACUGUACAUCUUUUAUUUCACUUUUUUAUCAAUAAAGAAUGAAUAUAUAGAAUAAAAAUAUAGAAUGAAUUUAUUUACUUUAUGAGGAAGCGAUUUCAAAAUGUGUGCGAAAAAACAUUUUCAGUUGGAGGUGAAGAGGAGAAAUAAAAAACAACACUUUUGUGUUUAAAGACUAAAGUACAAUAGAAAUUAAAGACACAUUAAGAAACAAUGAACUAUUAAAUUAAAGAAUAAAGACAUUGAUUUAUGAUAAGGUGAAAAUAGACAACAUAAAAAUUUUAAUUUAUGUUUUCUGUUCUUGUGAUUGAUGAGUUUGUUCUUACAAAGUUGGGGCUGUUUCCUCAUGAAGACAAAAAAGAAAUAUGUCACAAAUUUACAAUCUUGAAUUUGACUUUUUUUGUAGAUUUUUAAACUUAUAAAUUAAAAAAAAAAAGUCAGAAAAAGGCAUACAUACAUUUUUCGAUAAAGUGGUCCUCAUACUCACAGGUGUCCUGUCAUCAGUUAUCAAAAUAAUGAAUCAAAAAGUAGAAAGAAAGACUCUUUAAUAAUUAUUUUAUAUUAUUUUGGACAAAAGUAGCAAUGUUGGCUCACUUUCAGUGUGAUUUUGAUAUAAAUGCAAUUGAUUUCCAGGUAGGCUCUCUCUUUUUGCUCUUAUUUGUUGAGUCGUGCAUACAGAGAUACAAAUGCUAACCUGUCACCUUUGAUGAAUGCAGUUUUUAUAUCGAUCUAUUUACAGAACAAGAUUGUAUUUUUGAGCACUGCAAAUUGCUAAUAAAGAAAUAUAAAAGCUCAUA